CUACAGUUAUUCCCCUUUUGUUACUGUUCGACAUUUGUAGUGCAGAUAUUUCAAAAUGAGCCUUGCUGGUAUAAGAUUGCCUGGAUCCCUGCAUAUAUUAAGGAAAGUUUUGGUAGUCACUGGUACCCAGCAUUUUAAAUCCAGUGGUUGUCAGCACACAGCAUUUUCAAGGUAUCAUUCAGGUGUGAAACCAAGUACAACUGUAACCAUGUCACAAGAGCAGGCAGGGGAGAUAAAACAUGUGGACUUACGCAGUGACACUAUAACCAAACCAAGUCCAGCUAUGAGACAGGCAAUGGCCGAGGCUGAGGUGGGAGAUGACGUGUAUGGAGAGGAUCCAACUGUUAAUGAGUUACAGAGAAGAUGUGCAGAGUUGUUUGGGACUGAAGAUUCCCUUCUAGUACCCACUGGUACAAUGGGAAAUCUUAUUUCAAUUUUGGUACACUGUCGUGAACGUGGACAGGAAGCUAUAGUAGGACAUAAAUCUCAUAUACUGCUAAACGAGCAGGCCGGUAUUUCACAGUUUGCAGGUGUGAUGGCAAGGACAAUACAAAACAAUGACGAUGGAACCUUUGACCUUGAUGAACUUUGUCGAGUUAUACGACCUGUGAAUGAUGUCCAUCAACCUAUUACCAAACUUAUAUGUCUGGAAAAUUCUCAAAAUUUCUGUGGUGGGAAAGCUUUACCAUUGUCUUUCUUAAAACAGGUGUGGCAAAUAGCAAAAGACAACAACAUAAAGGUGCACACAGAUGGUGCCCGGAUUCUAAACUCUGCUGCAGCACAAGGGGUACCAGUAUCUGAGAUCAUGAAAUACAGUGACAGUGUAAACAUGUGCUUUUCAAAGGGGCUGGCUGCACCUAUAGGUUCUAUAAUAGCUGGUAGCAAAGAUUUUAUACACAUGGCCAAGAGGAUGCGUAAAGGUUUGGGAGGUGGUAUGAGACAGGCUGGAGUUGUAGCAGCCGCAGCAUUGUACUCCCUAGAUAACAUUGUUCCUAAACUGUAUGUUGAUAACAAUAAUGCUUCACAAGUAGCUAAAGCUAUUAAGGAAGUCAAUAGUACAGCUAUAGGUAUAACGGAUGUUGGAUUAGAUACAAACAUGGUUAUGUUUGAGAUGUUAAAACCAGGACUAAAAUCUGCUCAGUUCUCUCAACGAUUAAUGGAGGUAACAGACAAAGAAAGAGAGGAACUUGGGGAGAGUAUCACUGUACGAAGUGUCCCAAUAUACCCACAUAUAACCCGAAUUGUCACCCACAACGACCUUGACUCAGAGAUGAUAGUGCUGGCUAUAAAAAAGCUGCGAUAUGUUGUCCAGGAAUUAGAAUAAAUAUGCUUCUUAAACCUUGUACCUGCUGAAACAGAUAAUGAUAAGCCUUUGUCACCAUUCUAGAGCCAGGCCAGCCUGACCAGGUUCUAGAGCAAGGCCAGCCUGACCAGGUUCUA